GGAAAAGGAUUGUACUGAAAAAGAACUUAAGUAUUUAUCAGACACCAUGGCUUCAAGACUAGAUUCAUCGAUGCCAAAGGAUUUUGAUAUCCUUUACUCAGUGCUCACCGGCAAAAAAUCGAAGGUUGGGCCUAAUUACUCAUUAAACUUGGAUCUCAGCUGCGAGAAGGACAUGAAAUUCAUACAAAAGCUUAAGGGUCCAAUUCCUGAUGUUAAAAAUCUUCAGAUGGAGUCUCUCCCUCAGGACUGAGAAGAAGUAGUGAACAGAUUCAUGGCUGAUAAUUUCCCAUCCAGAGUGGGGAAUUUUGACUUUAACCUGAACUCUAAACUAGUCAGAAUAGAUCCUUAUUUGGAUGAAAUUCUUGCUGUUAAAGCCAGAAUACAAGUUAAGUUAUCACUUUACAAGUUGAAGCUAAGCAAGCAGCAGCUUUGCAAAGUGCUCGAAGAAUGUAAGCACUUGAAGACUAUAGGGUUCAACUAUUGUAACCUCAAGAUUCCCUCAGUCCCAUAUUUUGAAGAUGAUUUGAGCGAAUCUAAGAUUCAAUACCUUGGAUUUGAUUACUCAGGAGAUGGAGAUUACAGUGACUGGGAUCAGAACCCAGAUGAAUUUUGCAACCUGAUUAAAGGUCUUAGCUAUUGUGAAGAUUUUACUGCAAACCUCUCAGGAAUCUAUCUAAAGAACUGCGGACUCUCGAAGAUAAAAAUUGAUGAAGUUUUCUCCAGAAAUGGUCUUACAAAGGUACAGAUUCUUAAUUACUCGAAAUAAAGCUUUCAAUAGUA